UCUUUGGUUGGAACUUUGAAAGAACUUAUGAAGUUAGAACUUUGAUGUCGAGUAUUACAAAAAAAUUAAAAUAAAUAUUAUCUAAAAAUUUAUCGCCGGUUAUUGUGAAAUAUGGCAUCAAAAGUACCAAUGGUGAAGCUGGAGAAUGGGACCGAAUGCCCAAUUCUUGGAAUAGGAACCUGGAAAUCGAAACCUGGAGAAGUGACGCAGGCGGUGAAGGACGCCAUUGAUAUUGGCUACCGACACAUCGACUGUGCCUUCGUCUACGGGAACGAAAAGGAGGUCGGGGACGCCAUCAGCGCCAAGAUCAAGGAAGGCGUAGUGAAACGCGAAGAACUCUUCAUCACCUCCAAGCUGUGGAACACCUUCCACCGAGCAGACCUCGUGAAAGGUGCACUGCUGAAAAGCCUCGAGAAUCUCGGCACUCAAUACCUGGACUUAUAUCUGAUUCACUGGCCACAGGCGUACAAGGAAGGUGCAGAGAACUUCCCCGUGGAUGAAGCCGGUAAAAUCCAGUUCUCUGAUGUUGAUUAUGUGGACACCUGGAAGGCCUUGGAACCCCUUGUUAAAGAAGGUCUGGUGAAGAGCAUCGGCCUGUCAAACUUUAACUCGAAGCAGAUCACCAGGGUUCUGGAAGUGGCCACUAUCAAACCAGUUGUCAACCAGAUUGAAUGUCAUCCAUACUUGAACCAACAACGUCUCAAGGAUUUCUGCGAAGCACGAGGCAUCAAGAUAACAGCUUACUCCCCGUUGGGCUCUCCGGACAGACCAUGGGCCAAGCCGGGAGAUCCCCAGCUCAUGGAUGACCCCAAACUGAAGGCCAUUGCCACUCGACUGGGCAAGACUGUCGCUCAAGUUUUGAUCAGAUACCAGAUAGACCGGGGAGUGAUCGUUAUUCCCAAGUCGGUGACGCGGUCUCGCAUCGCCAGCAACUUCGACGUGUUCGACUUCAAGCUGUCGGCUGAAGAUGUGCAACUCAUCAACACCUUCGACUGCAAUGGAAGAUUCGUGCCGAUGACCGCGUCGCUGGGACACAAGGACCAUCCUUUCGAGAAUGAUGAAUUUUAAGAAAAUACUUCAAAUAUCGUCAAGUUACCAAAAUGCUUUAUUUUAUAGUAAAUGAAAUAAACAUAUUUAUAUUU